AUGAGUGACAAGAUGAGUGACAAGAUGAGUGACAAGAUGAGUGACAAGAUGAGUGACAAGAUGAGUGACAAGAUGAGUGACAAGAUGAGUGACAAGAUGAGUAGCAAGAUGAGUGACAAGAUGAGUAGCAAGAUGAGUGACAAGACAAAGCCAACGACAAGACUCAAGGACACCAACGCACCGCACUGCACUGCACUGCAUACCACGAUCCACGAUCCACAACCCACAAUCCGCAAUCCACAAUCCACAUCUACAACCCCCAAGCACACCAAGCAGACUCCCCAAAGCGACCCAAGCACUCCGUCGCCGCACACCACAACAAGAAGCGGAAUGCAACGAAACGAAGCGAGACAGCAUCAAGACCAGGACCAGGACAAGGACUAG